AGGGUUGCUAAGGAUGAUAAACAGAUCUUUUAAUAUGAUAGCUUACUGCUAUCCACCAAUCAGCAUCCAGGACUCGAACUGCUGUUUUUAUAAAUAGAAACCAGACAAAAGCAGUCUGUCAAACAGAAGCCAAGAGAUGCACAAAUCCUACGAGCCGCUGAAACCCGCGACCAACAAAUACCUGCAGCAGAGAUGGGACCAGACGCGCUACGAGGACCACCGCUGCAAGGUGCGAGAGGCCAAACCCGUGGUCAACACCAAGGGCAUCCAAACGCCUGCACAUAUUCAACAGAAACUGAAGAAAAUCCAGGUGCAGGAAGAGAGGAUGUUCAUCAUUGAGAGAGACAAUCAUCUCCUGGCGUCCAAACUGGCUGCGAUCUCUCGCUCCAAAGGCCUCGUGGACCACAGGAACAUUUACCCAGAGUGCAGUCUGAAUGCUGAGAAAAGGAGGGAGAAGCUUCUUCAGGUGACUCACGAAAACCAGGCGAUCUAUCAUCGAAUCACGGCGCAGAAAUCCAACUACAGGAGGGAACUCUGGGAAGAAGACUGGGAAAAAGUGGAGCGAAGGAGAGACGACAUCGCACGCUACCCACGAGGAGUGAGCAACAAACAGAAAUCUACAAAGUGUGUGAAGUUCUCUGGAGGGACAUCUGGACAGAGUCAGCGCUCCUCCAGCGGUGUUGAAGAUGACAGCGGAGAAACCACAGAAGAUCCAACACAACAACACUCACCACAACCAGCCACAUGAACUCAGCAGAGUUACACCAAACACCAGACACCUGUCAAAUAAACUCACCUGGGUUAAACGAA